CGACCGCUUUCUCAACCAAGCCAGCCAGCAUCGACGGCUCAUUCUGCUGCAACUGCGAGCAUUAUUUCGGUGUCAAGCCCAUCGCCACGAAUUCGCAAGCCGCUCUUUGAAGGAAACGACAACCGUUGCAACAAAACAAAAUGUUGAAAUUUGUCUUGUUCCCUUUGCUCUGCUCUGUUGCCAUCGCUUGCCAGAUGGACGACUUUUUCACCGGGUGCGUGGAAAAACCCGAAGAUGAACAGAAGCCUGGUGACUGCAUCAUCGCUCCCGAGCAAUGGCUUCGUUCGAACACUUACCGAUACUUCGCCCACCAAGCCCUGGAGAACUCCACCGUUCAACCGGAUCAAGGCAACCUCAACACCCUACUUGACGUGACUCGUGGGGCGGCUCGGCUCUCUGAUGGCAUUAUAGUCAAGGUCCAGUUCACCACUGUAGAGAGCAUCUGCAGCAACACCGUGCCGUACUCCGAGAAAGAUUGCCCACCACUCGGAACUCAGGCUAAUGGAGAGUGCUGGGCAAUGUUUAGGUAUUUUGGUUACCUGCGACUUGAGGACGCCUGUUGUACCCACACGCCCCAAAAAUGAAGUGGCUUUCCGGCUUCGAACGAGACAUGUCUAGACUUUUCUACCACCAAUUUCAAAUAUGACAAACGCUUCAGCGUAGUUCCUGCACCAAUUUCAAUCAUUCCUGUAUAUAUUGAAUAAAAGUCAUCUGCCAUACUGUA